GGUAUUGCGCGCGGAGGACAAGCUGCUUGCGCACUGCUGCUGAGUCUCAGCUCUGGCCCCGGUCGGCCUGCACUGCAUGCCACCGUUUUGCUCCGCAGUGCAACAGUUUGCAGCUGUCUCUGGGGAGAAUCAAGGGGGCAAGGAAGGAGCUAUACAUCUGUCAGGGUCUUCACCCCAAUGGGGAUGGACUUCCUGGUGUUCGGGUUGGAUCAGAUGCCAUCAAAGGAAAGGAAAACUGCGGCUCUCCCAAACUUUGCAAACCAGGACGUUUACUCCCCAUCCCCCUUUCCGCCUCCUCUCCCAGAAGAUGCGCGAUGUUUUGAGGAGAGAUCUGGAGAGAGAGAAGGGGCUGGUGCUUCACCUUACUGGAAGAAGGGUGCACGAGGCAGCAUUCUCAGGAAGGGAGGAUUUCCGUGGCAUCGCUCUCACACACGCACAUAUACAAGCCAGCGCAGAAGGAAUAGUUUUGGGUGGUGGGUUUUUUCUUCUUGUUGGUUGUUCGGAAGCAAUUUAACCAGGAGAGGAACACUGACCCCUGUUGUCUCCGCCUCGCCAGCCCAGCCUCAAUGAGUGCCAAAGUGCCCAAGGAGCUGAGGCUGGCUCUGCCGCCUUGCCUUCUCAAUCGAACCUUUGCAUCCCCUAACGCCAGCGGCAAUCCCAGCCCCAGGGGCCCGAGUGGUAGCGCUGGAGGCAGCGGUGGUGGCAGCAGCAGUGGCGGUGGUACCUGCAUCACGCAAGUAGGACAGCAGCUCUUUCAGUCGUUCUCCUCCACGCUGGUGCUGAUCGUGCUGGUCACCCUCAUCUUCUGUUUGAUCGUCCUCUCCCUUUCUACCUUUCAUAUCCACAAGAGGAGAAUGAAGAAGCGGAAGAUGCAGAGGGCUCAGGAGGAGUAUGAACGGGAUCAUUGCAGCAACAUCAGGGGAGGAGGCGGCGGCGGCGGCGGCUGUAACAACGCGGGACUGAGGGCCUGUGGCCAGGCUCCUCACCACGGGAAAGAAACCCGACUGGAAAGACCUCCCAGGGACUCAGCCUUCUGCACCUCUUCACCUUCCACCUCCUCUUUCUCUUCUUCCACUUCUACUGGCAUGCAGCGUCCUGGACCCCAUCCUCCCCCUCCUCCUCCCCCUCCUCCUCCUGCUCCCAGUCCCCAGGGUUCCCACCUUACAGCCUCAUGUUUGGACUCAACUGGUGAGGGGCUUUUGCAAACGGUAGUACUGUCUUGAUGGCCUAGAAAUCCUCCUCUUUUCCUUCUCCUUUUCCCUCCUUUACUUCCUCUUUUCCUUCUGUGACCCCCAACUCCCUUCUUCCUCUCUCUCCUCUCUCUCCUCCUUCUCCUCAGUCUUCCUGUCCCCUAAUCCCUUUCAUCCUCCACCGAGGCACUGUGUGGUGUUUGUAAAUAUUGAGCAAUGAAAGUCUCGGAAGAAGAAAUAACGCUGAUGAUGAUAAUACUUUAUUAAUAUUAAUAAUUAUCACGAUAAUACUAAUAACACAACCCAAGCGCAUGACAAAUCACAUCGCGUUUCUCAUUGUCAAAGAAGGAUGCAUUUUCCUCCCCUUCUGCUCCCCUCCCCCCCAAAGGAGGAGAAAUCGCACAAAGCUACCAAAUAUAUAAAAGUCAUUGCCCAGUGAGGGAGGGAGAUUGGAGGUGAAGAAAUAUCAAGAGCCCCGGUGGUAAUGUACAUAGCUUUAAGAUUAAGGUUACCUUCCACUCUAUUCUUCUCUCUCCUCCCUACCUCUGCCCCCUCCUAGCUGUCACUCUUUCUCUACUCCUUUUCCUAGCCCUCAUAUCUCUGCUCCAACCGGGCUCAGUCAAUCGCAUACUUCAUAAAGCAACCAUUUAGAUCAAGCACCAGGACUACAAGAGGCAAAAUCCCCCCACCUUUCACCCCCCCAGGGAGAAUGACUGGAGCAGUGCAGUCGGGGGCAUUUGGUUGGACCAAUGCAAAGAGAGACAAAUGCUAUUGGGCAGACGCGUUGGAGACCCAGAAAAGGAAGCACUCUUUUUGUAACAUCUGUUUCCUCCACCUCACCCCACCCAUUUUAAUUCUGACCCUCUGUUAAUAGUGUUCCCUCUUCAAGUCCUGCAAAUUUAUCUAAUUUUACAAAUGUCCUUUGAUGGUAGAGCUUAAGUACAACAAAUAACAUCACACAUGAUCUCUCUCUCUCUCUCUCUCUCUGUCUCUGUCUCUCUCUCUCUCUCUCUCUCCCCCUUACACACGCACACGCACGCAAGCACACACACUUAGUAGCUUCCUUUCAAACAACCAUAUUAUUAUUGCCAUUAUUUCUGUUUCCCGCCUCUUAAUUUCUUCACUCUCUAAAUCUUUUAGUGAUAGAUACCCCUUUGGCUGCACUGGGCUUCCCAGACGCCCAAUUGGUCCAGUGGAGCUGUCCAGCAAGGUCCGGUGCUGAAAUUGCCUCAUUGCACAGGCUAUUCUCUGUGCAAGUAGAGAGGCUGUUUGGGGAAGUGACUGUUUUAGCUUUGGUUGGUUCCUUUCUUUCUUUUCCUAUCAUUUUUUAAUAAUCAGAUUCGAGUGUACUAUUCGUUUAGUUAUAUUAAACAUCGCAUAAGUUAUUCUUUUGUUUGUAAAAACAAAAUAAUAGGUAAUGUGCAGUACUGAAAGUGCAGUAACUAAUCAGCCAGAAUAUUUUUUGUUUUAUUUUUAGAACAAGUGUACCUUUGUUAUAUCUUCUAUUGGUACUGAAUGCCUACGCAAACUAUAAUUCUGUACCAUGCUCUCCAAACUGUAUAUUCUUGUUCUUCAUUUACAGCUAUUGAUAUAAUGGUUGCCACUGAACAUUGAAUUCAGUGGUGCAGACCUGGCUUCUGCUGUUUUCAGAAUUGUUAUUUUGUACCCUACUCUGUAGUAGACUGUUAUGAAAAGAUGACACAUCCGUUUUCUCCUUUCUUUUGCGAACAGAACCAAACAAUGGAUGUGCAUCUAUUGCCAUCUAUUAAAACAUGGUUAAUAUUUAAACAGCACCUGGUGUAGUCCUCCCUGCAUGUAAAAAUCACAUAGAGGCAAUGGUGUGAGUGCCUGCUUGUUCUGUAUGUGCUUAAGAGUGGAGCUAGUAGAAAGGGUUCCAGGCAAUUUGGGUGAAGUAAAUAUAGAUUUCAUCAAGCAGUUACUUCUAGAGCCAGAAUAUAUAAGGAACAGGUCUUGACUAUCCUAUUAAUUUAGAUAUCUUUGUUGGCAGUUAGUGACAAUGCAUUUAGAAGGGAAAAAGUGCUAUUUUUCUUUUCUUCUCUAUGUCUCUUGCUUAACUAAGGUACAGGAUUUAAUCAACAUAUGGUCAGAGUAAGAGGAGAUGGUGGAAGAAUAGAACUAUUUCUAUUUUUCGCUAGAUUGCAGGUGUAGCUUGCAUUCUACAAAAAGUCUAUUUGUUGUCAUUUCCCACUCUUUUUCCUUUAGAUUUCUUGCAGGAGGGAACAGAGACUUGCUGUAUUUUUUUUAUCUAUACUGAAAACUCUUUCACUUAAGACUAUGGUUUUCAGCUAACUGAUGGAGAAACUAUGUUGAUGGGAAGAAACUAUUAAUAAUACAAACCAAAUUUGCUCCAAAUUGAACUUUAGAAUUUUAGACAAGUAAAAACCCUAAAUUCAUCCCUCUUCAAAAUAAUGAAUUGAUCAUUUAGUCUCUGUCUGCCUAACUUUCUGGAGAAGAGGGCUUUUACCCAAGGGAUGGGGGGUGGAGGAGAGGAGACUGCCUUUGAGGAUUUUACAAGGAUUCUUUUCAGAAGUUUUGAGAAUCAUCAUUUAGUUGUACCAUGUUGUGAUUUGAGGAGAAUGGAAGAAAUUCCAUCUAUGGUUCAAGUCAGAACACAAAUGAAUCCUAUUCACAAUGUCUUAGUCACUUCCUAGUAACAAGUUAGGCCUUUAGUGAGGUGCAUUCACCCCCUCAGGCCACUAAGGAACCAUAAGUACAUUAAGCCUUGGAUAUCUUACCAGAGAGUGACUAAGGCAUUGGGAGACUAGGACCCAUUAAUUUUUGUAGUUUACCCUCAUCCAGCUGCAGCUCUUUAAUUUGUUAUUUUGAAAUGUCCUUUGGAGUUGGAAUCUGAAUCAAUUCAGAGAUCCAAAAAGAAAGCUCCCUAAUUUUCAAUGAGCUCCACUAAGUGCAACAACAUUACUUUUCUCUCCUUAUUUGGAGCACAUUUUACACUGAAUAAUUUCCCAUUUUAUUAAAGCAAUAAGAUUUUCCAUCGUGUGCAGUGCAGGAUGAUGAUUCCAUUUCCUUGGUGCUGAAGCUGUUCAUCCUUUCUUGCCUUAUGAAUCACAGUGCAUUCAAGGCCUGCAAUAAUAAUCCUCUUCUAGGACAAAGCCUGGCAGGCCUAGGGUAAUUAUAAAAUUGCCCUCUGCCAUUGCUGUCAAAGGAAGAAGUGGGAGAGGGAGGGACUGGGGGGAGAGAUAAAAGCUCUAUAUAUUUUUGAGAGAACCUUUUACCUAUAAAAAUGGGCCCAUAUAUUCAUGACUCAUAAAUAUUUAAGUCCCUAUAACCAUGUAUACUUUACUUCUCUAAUUGACUCUGCUUUAAUAUUUGUAAUAUCAUUAUAUGUAUAGAUGAUAUAGUCCAGGAAUCAAAAGCAGGACUCUAAAUUUCCAGUGGUCUCAUUUGAGAUUUUGUAUGAGAUUUAACAAUAUUUAUGUUUAAAAUCAAAUUUUUUGGUUAAAUGGCAGUCCCCCUACCAAAUUGUUACCAUAAUACCCUUACAAGCCUUUUAAUGGACUGUAUAAAGCACUGUUUUUUUUUUUUUCUGGGGCUUAAUUGAAUAGUCUCAAGAGAUUAGGAUGGUACCAGCACAACACUAAAAUUCUCUCCUGUGACACAAAAAAGGCAAUCUGGGAAUAGCUGGAUUUGUUUUAAGAUUUAUUCACUGAAGUUCUGUCAAACCAAUUGCUUCAAAAACCUAUAGCUACAGCUCACCUCUUCACUUACAGUUCAGUAUUAAUAAGGUGGCAUGCUUGAUUCCUGUUUUUUUCAUUAAUAAAGAAAGUUGAAAGAAUGCCUUUAUUUCAAUUCUAUAGGACUUCUGAAGCUCAUAGACAUAGAUGAAUAUUAUCUUCCUUAGAAUUUCUAUACAUACAUAAAUACGUAUUUAUAUAUAUCUAUACAUACAUUUUGUACAAAUUUGCAAUGGACUUUUUUGUAUUCUCUUUUCUGCCAUUACAAAAAUGAGAUGGAAAUCAAACGGCUAUUGCAUUUUGAGAGUGGCCUAAGAAGUUAGGUGUAAGCAUGCAUUAUUUCUCUGGUGAUAAGAGUACUGAAAUUUUCCCUGUUCAUUACAUGAAGAUGGAAAGGUCUGUCUGGCUCAGGGCAUUGAUCAUUUAACACUACUUUUCUUAGAUCAGUGUUUUAAGCAUAGCAAUGGUGAUAAAGUUAUGAUUGUGUCCACAUGACUCUAAAUAUUUGGAUAAUUUAAUUCUUUUAAAAAUAUUUAGACAUUUACUGUUAUAAGGUAAAGGUCCAGAUAAUUUUUUUGUUUUUUAUUUAGAUUUUUGGUGUUGUAUAAACAAGUUAUACUUGAACAUUUUUAAAAAGGGAAGAGAGUGAAAGAGAAAGAUUUUGAAGAGAGAGAGAAAGAGAGAGAGAGAGAGAGAGAGAGAGAGAGAGAGAGAGAGAGAGAGGAAGAUGGGGGAGGGAGAGAGGGAGAUGGAGAGAGGGAAAGUGAUCAUUAUUUUCAUUGUUUAAUAAAUAUGAUUCUCAUACUCAAUAAAUCAGGCCUCCUCUGUGGUCUGAAUUAUUCAGAUUGGUUAUAUCAAAUCAAUUAAUUACUAAACCCCUGGUACACUUUGCACUAUGUAGAUUAAUAUAAGGUUUAAAGUCAUUUCCUUUAUCAAUGUUCUACAACUCUUUGAACCCGGACUGACAGAUGGAAUUAGAAGCAGAAUUUUUGUUAGUCUGAUCAAAUUUCCACAAGUAAAUAUGUAAUUCCAGUGUGAACUGAAAUGAAGUAAUUCUUCUGGGGCAAUUUCCUGUUCAUCAUAGAAAUUAUGAUCCAUAUUCUAUAUUAAUGAAAGUUCCAGCUCACAUCAGAAUAAUCCCAUGUACAAUGGAGAGGUUAAAUGAAUUAAAUCAAAUUCCCAUUUGAGUUCUUUUCCAAUCUGGUUACUCUGAGGAUACACAGUCUAGGGACUUUGGGACUAUUCCAUAUAAAUGUAAUAAAUCCAACCUGAGUAAUGAUGCCAGAAGGAAAAGCUUAGCCAAGAAUGAGGCAUAGCGAAUUCUGAAAUGGUGACUAUCAUGUAUCAAGGUUACUCUUCUAGAUCAGGACAACUUUUGGUUUAACCUGAUGUUUCUGAUUCUAUUGGACUGGUUUUAUAGUUAAACAGAAAGAGUAAUUUUUAAGUUAGAGCAUGUCAAGCAGGCAGAAUAAAAUAGAGAUCAGAGUUCAUGGAAUAUUUGUUUUGCUUUUCUAUCAAUAAAUGAGUUUUAUUGCUAAUUGUA